AUGGCGCUCCGACGACCGCACCGGAAAUCCCGUCACGGCUGCGUGGAAUGCAAGAGGCGACGUGUGAAGUGCGACGAAACCCGCCCAUCCUGCUCCAAUUGUGAAAAGCGCCAUACUGAAUGCGAGUAUGGCUCUUCCACUUCAUUGCUUUGGACAAAUGAGGAAUCUGAAGGUGGUCUCGACUUCGCACGCUCGUCAAGCGCUGCUACCGACUCGGGCAUGACCGCGAGUACAGACAAUACCCCGUCGCUGAAUGUCCACGACUUGGAGCUCAUGAUGCAGUGGUGCAAUUCAACAUUCCACACACUCUCGCGCAACCAACACACGGAUCCGAUCUGGCGCAACCUUGUCCCAGAGGAGGCUCUUUCCCAUCCUUUCUUGAUGCACGGCAUCCUUGCGCUAUCUGCUCUGCAUCUUGCGCGCACAGGCCCAGAGCCAUCACGUCGGACCUCGUAUCUGAACCGUGCUGUCGCGCAUCAGAACCAGGCAUUGGCCCUGUUUCGAGGAUUACUCGGUGACAUCAAUGAAGAGAAUGCUAAGGCCAUAUUCGCCUUUGCGGGCAUCGUGGUGAUUUAUACAUUCGGUUUUCCAAAUACCCCCGGUGUGCAGGAUCCCUGGGCUUCCGUCGACGACAUAUAUCAAGUUCUUGUUCUGACCCGCGGUACCCAGCAAGUGAUUUAUACACCGAGGAACUUCCGGGAAUUUCUAUCAAACAGCUCCUUUGGGCCCAUCCUGCAGGUUGAGGAGGUUGCAGGAAUACUUCCAGACGAGGCGGUCGCUGCUCUACGAAAAUUGCGCGCGGCCAAUGAAGCUUGUGGAAAGGAUGCCAAUCACGAACUCCAUAUCUACUCCGAGGUGAUCCAAAAUCUGCAAGAGAUGUUGACGUGGGUUUAUGGUGGCAUGAGGGCAAAUACUAUCGCAGGGCGAUGGGCGAUCAAGCUUCCAGCUCGGUUCAUGGAGUUGUUGCGGGAGCGAGAGCCCUUGGCACUCGUCAUGUUGGCGCACUAUGGCGUGCUUCUGCGGUGCCUGCAGCAUAGUUGGUGCUUCGAUGAGUGGUGCACUCGCGUGGCAAAUGUUGUGUGGGCGAUUUUGGAUGCUCAAUGGAGGCCCUUGGUUCAUUGGCCCAUGAAUGAGCUCCUUGGCACGAAUUACCAUGAGGAUGUUAUCUGA